CCUCCUCCUCUUUCGAAGGGGCGUGGCCACGAGGUAAGGGAGCCGGAAUCCGGAGCGUGACGCCCUACGCGGGGGCGUGGCUUCGCUGCGUCGUGACGCAGCGCGUUACGCGGUGAGGUCAGCGUAGCGCCGUUGCUGGUUCCGCUGCCCGUCGCUCCGUCCGCCCCCCGUCGGCUCUCUGCGGUGCCAGGCCCUUCCCUGAAGGCGGCGCGAGGCGUCCUCUUCGUCCGGGGCUCUGCAGGAUUAGUCCGGGAGGGAGUCUGGUGAGAAGUCGGCCUUGUUCCGGCUCUCCGUUGGGCCUCAGAACUGCACUUUGCUGUUAAGUGUCAAAAAAUGGAGAUUAGAGAGUAAUAACUGGAGGAGACUAGACAAGCAUAAACUCUGUAUCAAGAGUGCCUGGUGAAGAAUGCAAUGGGAUCAAUAGCAUGUCUACCGAGAGUGGCCCUGGGACAAGACUGAGAAAUUUACCAGUAAUGGGGGAUGGACUAGAAGCUACACAAAUGUCUACGACACAGGCUCAAGCCCAACCCCAACAAGGCAAUACUGUACCUGCUAAUCCUCCACCUCCAGAGACCUCAAAUCCUAACAAACCCAAGCGCAUGACCAACCAGCUACAGUAUCUGCUCAAAGUGGUGCUCAAGACACUAUGGAAACAUCAGUUUUCAUGGCCUUUCCAGCAGCCUGUGGAUGCUGUCAAACUAAACCUCCCUGAUUAUUAUAAAAUUAUUAAAACUCCUAUGGACAUGGGAACAAUAAAGAAACGCUUGGAGAAUAACUACUACUGGAAUGCUCAAGAAUGUAUCCAGGACUUCAAUAGAAUGUUUACAAAUUGCUACAUCUAUAACAAGCCAGGGGAUGAUAUUGUUCUAAUGGCAGAAGCUCUAGAAAAACUCUUCCUGCAAAAAAUCUCUGAAAUGACCCAGGAAGAAACUGAAAUAGAUAUAGUCCAGACAAAAGGAAGAGGACGUGGUAGGAAAGAAGCAGUUACAGCCAAGGCAGGAGCAUCAGCGGUACAGAAUACAACUCAAGCAUCAUCCCCACCACAGACUACAGCUCUGCAACAGAAUCCUCAGCCUGCCCAAACAACUCAUUCCUUUCCUCCUGUGACCCCUGACCUUAUUGUCCAGACGCCAGUAAUGACUGUGGUGCCUCCACAGCCUCCUGCACCACCACCUCCCCCUCCUUCAGCUUCUGCCCCCCAGCCUAUUCAGACUCACCCACCGGUUAUCCCAACAGCUGCACAGCCCAUGAAGACAAAAAAAGGCGUAAAGAGGAAAGCAGACACUACUACCCCAACAACAAUAGAUCCAGUCCAUGAAUCCUCAUCACUGCCUGUAGAACCCAAGCCUGCCAAGACAGGUCCACGAAGGGAAAGCCGCCCUGUUAAACCUCUGAAAAAGGAAGUUCCAGACUCUCAGCAGCAUGUGGUAGAGAAAAGUAGCAGUAACAAAAUAUCAGAGCAAUUAAAGUAUUGUAGUGGUAUCAUAAAAGAGAUGUUCGCUAAGAAACAUGCGGCAUACGCAUGGCCCUUCUACAAGCCUGUGGAUGUAGAAGCACUUGGACUUCAUGAUUAUCGUGAUAUCAUUAAACAUCCCAUGGAUCUGAGCACAAUUAAAUCCAAACUAGAGAAUCGGGAUUACAGAGAUGCUCAGGAAUUUGCAGCAGAUGUCCGGCUGAUGUUUUCCAAUUGUUACAAGUACAACCCUCCUGAUCAUGAGGUAGUUGCUAUGGCUCGAAAAUUGCAGGAUGUAUUUGAAAUGCGUUUUGCUAAAAUGCCAGAUGAACCUGAAGAACCUGUGAUUCCAGCUUCCUCUCCAGUAGUGGCGCAGCCCCCACCUAAAGUGCCCCCACCUUCAUCCAGUGAUAGCAGCAGUGACAGUUCCUCUGAUAGUGACAGUUCCUCAGAUGAUUCAGAAGAAGAACGAGCUCAGCGGCUGGCAGAGCUCCAAGAGCAGCUUAAAGCAGUACAUGAACAGUUGGCUGCUCUAUCCCAGCCACAACAGAACAAACCAAAGAAAAAAGAGAAAGACAAAAAAGAAAAGAAAAAAGAAAAGCACAAAAAGAAAGAAGAAGUAGAAGAAAAUAAGAAAAACAAAACCAAGGAUCCACCACCUAAAAAGGCCAAGAAGAAUAAUGGCAACAACAGUAACUCAAGUGGUAAGAAGGAGCCUGUGACUGUGAAGAACACCAAGCCACCUCCUGUUUAUGAGUCGGAGGAGGAGGAGAAAUGUAAGCCAAUGUCUUACGAGGAAAAAAGACAGUUGAGCCUGGACAUUAACAAAUUGCCUGGUGAAAAGCUAGGCCGGGUUGUCCAUAUCAUCCAGUCAAGAGAACCCUCACUCAAAAACUCCAAUCCUGAUGAAAUUGAAAUUGACUUUGAGACAUUAAAGGCAUCCACGUUGCGGGAGCUGGAGAGAUACGUAACAUCUUGUUUACGGAAAAAGAGGAAACCUCAAGCAGAGAAAGUGGAUGUAAUUGCUGGUUCCUCUAAAAUGAAGGGGUUCUCCUCCUCAGAGUCUGAGAGCACCAGUGAGUCCAGCUCCUCCGACAGUGAAGAUUCAGAAACAGAAAUCCCACCAAAACUUAAGAAAAAAGGACAUGCUGGACGAGAACAGAAAAAGCAUCACCAUCAUCACCAUCAACAGGCACAGCAGCAGCAACAGCCACCACCAUCACAACAGCAGUUACAACCACAGCAGCUACCACCGCCACCCGCAGCUGCCCCUCAACAAACAGCACCUCCAACCAAGUCCUCCCCUCCAUCUUUUGUUGCAACGCAGAUCCCAGUUAUGGAGCAUCCACUCCCAGGGAAUAUGUUUGACACUAUCUCCCCUUUCACUCAACCUAUUAUGCAUCUUCCUCAGCCAGAGAUGCCACCCCAUCUCCCUCAGCAGCCUGAGCACAGCACUCCUCCUCAUUUAAAUCAACAUGCAGUUGUGUCCCCUCCAGCUUUGCACAAUGCUCUGCCUCAACAGCCCUCAAGACCCAGUAAUCGAGCUGCAGCACUCCCCCCUAAACCUUCUCGGCCUCCAGCAGUUUCACCGGCUCUUAACCAGCAACCCAUGCUUCCGCAGCCCCCGCUCCCCCAGCCUCCCCAAGUGCUCCUGGAGGAUGAAGAACCUCCUGCUCCUCAUCACAACCUGCCGCUCAGUAAUAGCCAGAUGCAGCUGUACCUGCAGCAGCUGCAAAAAGCUCAGCCACAGACUUCUCUCCUCCCUUCAGUGAAGGUCCAGUCACAGCCUCAGCCGUCCUUACAGCCUGCCCCUCAUCCCCCUGUGCAGCAAUUGCAGCACCAGCCACAGCAGAGGCCAGUACAUAUGCAGCCCAUGCAAUUCACUUCCCACAUGCCUCAGCCUCAGCCACCACCACAGCAGCAUCUUCCCCCACAGCCACAACAACAGCAGCCACCACCGCCACCUCAACAGCCAUCGAAGCCCCAACAAGUCAUCCAGCACCACCCAUCGCCGAGACAUCACAAACCAGACCCCUACUCAGCUGGUCACUUGCGAGAAGCGCCUUCCCCUCUCAUGAUGCAUUCCCCACAGAUGGCACAGUUCCAGGGACUGCCACACCAGUCUCCACCUCAACCAAAUGUCCAGCCAAAAAAACAGGAACUGAGAGCAGCAUCUGUAGUUCAGUCGCAGCCUAUGGUAAAAGAAGAAAAGAUGCAGUCUCCAGUCAUUCGAAAUGAGACUUUCAGCCCAGCCUUGCGGCAGGAUCCUCCCAAGCAUCCAGAGAGUAUCAAGCCACCUGCACAUAUCCCACAACGAACAGAGAUGAAGCCAGUAGACAGUGGACGACCUGUUAUAAGACCACCAGAACAAAAUGCACCACCAGGAGUCCAGGAGAAAGAGAGACAGAAACAGGAACCAAAAACACCAGUCGCCCCUAAAAAGGAUUUGAAAAUAAAAAAUAUGGGCUCCUGGGCAAGCUUAGUGCAAAAGCAUCCCACAGCACCAUCCUCUACAGUAAAAUCAAGCAGCGACAGCUUUGAGCAUUUCAGGAGGGCAGCCCGGGAGAAAGAAGAACGUGAGAAGGCCUUGAAAGCUCAGGCAGAACAAGCAGAGAAGGAGAAGGAGCGACAGCGGCGGGAGCAGGAGCGAAUGAGGAGUCGUGAAGAGGAGGAUGCACUGGAGCAAGCUCGCCGAGUUCAUGAAGAAGUGCGACGGCGCCAAGAGCAGCAGCAGCAGCAGCCCCAGCAUCAGCCUCAGCCCCCGCAACAGCAGCAACAGCAGCAGCAACAACAGCCCCAGCAGCAAGUGUCAGCUGCAGCCUCAGCUCCUCAAGCACAGAGCUCUCAGCCCCAGGCUUCUCAGUCCAUGCUGGACCAACAGAGAGAGAUGCUCAGAAAACGAGAGCAGGAACGAAGGCGCAGAGAGGCAAUGGCAGCUACUAUUGACAUGAAUUUCCAGAGUGAUUUGUUGGCAAUAUUUGAAGAGAAUCUUUUCUAAUAGCACCCGGUUUUCUUCGCCUGACUCCUUAAUUUCCUGGCAAAUCUUUGACUCUCCACAGUGUUGUUGGCGGCUGGGAGGAAAUCAUUCCUGCAGCCUUUCUGCAUGUGUGACAGUUGCAGCCUCAGAUGGAUGAAUCAGCAGAGUCUGCCUUACGAUUUGACUUUCUUCCCCACCAACCACCCACCCCAUAUCACUGAAGAAAGAGAGACCAAGACAAGCCAACUCUGUACUAGGUUUGAGUCGGUGGACAUGCAGUUGCUGGGAAGGGUGCCCUGAUCACUUGAUAUUCUCUAUGCCAAACUUACUUGCAGUAUAUCCAGGACGUUAUGCUGUUCACCCUUUUUCUAUUCAAAAGAAUUCUGGGUCACAGAAUGUCUUUGGCUCUCCAAUGCUGUGUGCUGGCAGCACAAGACACUCUGCAUUGAGAGGUUGUGUACAGGAAGACCCUGCCUGGGCUUCAGUAGGGAAGAUACACAAGCUGUUUGGGGUCCUUUCGUCACUGGCUUUGCCUUUAACUAAACUUCCCACAAGCCUUUAGCUGGGAGCCAUUCUCUGUAAGUGUUCGCUUGUGAAAAAGGGAAUAAUUUAGUGGAGGUGUCAAAGUGUAACUGGCCUUUUGAGUGAGGUUUCUUGUCUUAGCAUCGUGUGGAGGUCCAGGAAUCUGAGCUAGACUACCAACCAAAGUCAGUUUCUUUCAAUCUGUUUAUUUUCCUCCAGACAAAUUGCCACUGCUCACAUCUUGAGUGGGUGUUCUUGUCUCUUCAUUACAGAGUGGAGUGGAGUGGGGAAAACAUUAGCACCAGGGAAGCUCCCACCCUGUCAAUAGUGUUUGACUGUGGCUGUAUUGUAUAGUGAAUAUAGUUGGCAUAUAUUUGUUUGAGUUUUACUGGUGAGCUCACCAAACUCUGUAAAGACACUGCUUAUAUUUUGCUCAGUUCCAGACUUUUAGUCUAUAUUUUUAACUGUAAUACAAGAAAACUACAUUUUGGGUUUUUAAAUGUCAUGGAGUCUGUUAAAAAUUAGUUUUUUAUACAGCAAAGGAGCAGCUCUGAAAGCUGGGAGCAGAUUUGAAUCAGCAGGAAAGAAGACCUGCUCCUUUUGUCUUCAGUUGAGUCCUCUCUCACACUAGCAGUCAUCAUUUUCUCAGCACCUUUAGUGUGUUGUUUUCAUUUUACUCUUUGACUUGUUCCAAGUUUAUGUGCCAUAAAUACCCACUAUACAGUACAAUACUGGUGUGUCAGUAUUGGCCAAUCUCUGGAGUAAUUAAUUGGUUUUACUUUAAUACGGUGAAUAUGCAUUUGGUCUGUACUGAUCAUGGAAUAAACUCAUCUCUUUUUUUUUAAAGUUGGUGUCGUACUGACAUUUUUCUUUCAAUCCUGCUUGUGGUGAAAUGAUUUAAGGAAGUAAGCCUACAGAGAACAGCAUGUUCUUCCCAGCUGUCUUGCUUUAGCAAUGAAAUACGUUCUCUAGCCACAAUUAGCAGAGUUUCCAUCUUGUAACCAGCUUAGCAAAGGUUUGUCUUGAGAGCAGCAGUACUAAAAUGAGAAAAUUCCAUAGAAUUGGAAGUAAACAAACAAACUGGUGCCUUGCCAGCAUAGACUUGGUUGGUUUCACUGUAGCACUAAGCCAAAUGUAGGAGAAGUAUGCAUAGAAACUGGUCCCAGUUAUUCUUGUACCUGCUGUGGGUAAAUCUCAAAGAGAGCAUGAUGUAGCUUCUAGCAGUAAAAAUUCCCCACUUCUGAUUGAAUGAGAGGGAAAAAACAUUUGUCUUAAUUCUUAAGGGCAAUAGUCCUCCAAGCCUUGUUAUCAGCAACGAUUUCUUUUGAAGUUUGCCAGUGUGAGAUUUACAAGAUUAGGAGCAUUUGGAUUGGUUGAAGCUCUCCCAUGAGAAUCAAGUGAACACAGAGGAAAAAAUAAACAGCUUUUCACCUUUCUGUUCCUUUUAUCCACACAACUGUUCUCAUGAGAACUGCUGGCCAUAGGAUUUGACAGUUCCUAGCUUAACAAAGUCUCGUGAUACUUCUCUUGAUAAAAUGUGAUUGUCUGGGUCUGGAGCUGGACUGGCAAUUAAACACUAGUACUCAGUGUGCUUACUCUUGUCAGUUCCCUACCUGAGUAAGUGCUGUAGGAAAAGUUGUCACUCUUGUCUAAACAUCUCAGCCAAACUCACUUCAGAACCUUCAGCCAAAAGUGUCCCUGUUUUGCCCUAUGACAUGACAGUUCACAGCCUGCCCUCAUCUCUUUUCUUCACUCGCAUGAGACUGGAAUAUUGAAUCCAGUGAAGAUUCUGUAGCUGGCCUAAUCUGGAGAUAAACUUAGCUUUGUGUUACAUAGGCCACAUAUUAUGAAGAGAUCAGGAUUAAAAAUAAUGCACAUUUAAGUAGCUAUGUGGUGGCCUACCUCCAGGUCUCCAGGCCUGGAAAAAUAAUUGCUGCAGCUCUCCUCAUGCUGUUCUCCUUCCUAUGCUGAAAGAAGUUGAAUGGGACACCUAAGGAAGCUUAACUUGCCUAUGGUUAACAUUGCUACUACAUCUUCCAGUCCUUUCCAGCCUCAUUCUCAGGUCUUUGGGCAGCAGACGUGCAAUGUGAAGCACUGCAUAGCACCAAGGCCAUCAGCAGACACUGCCAGAUGGUGUGGUGGACCAUGUGCUCCCCAUUCUCAGUCCAGCUUGGUCUUUCAAUGUACAGUUGAAUCUCUUUGCCCUUAAGCAGCAGAGGUACAUGGUCACAUAUCAGUAUUGAUAAUUUAGUAUAGUAACCAUCUACUGUGAGGGAAAAUUGAAUUUAAGGGCCAGUUUUCCUUUGGCAUUCUUGUGAGCAGUUGUAUUGUCAUGCUGAACUUUUACCUCAAGGUGCCUUUUAAUUCUACAUCAUUAGAAGAUCUUUGUGCUUUUCUAUGUAAAAUACUAGAUGGAUGGGUACUUUAAGGAAGAUAGCAGAAAGAGGAAAGUUACCAAGAUAGCUUCUACAAAGGCUAUUUAGAGUCAUCUUGCUGAAAGCAUGUGAGCAGAUGUUGAACAAGCUUUCUACUACAAUGGGUUGUUUAAACAGGUAAAAUCUUCGCUGUGCUCUUCCUGAUAGGCGUUGCUCUUGAAAAGGCCAAGGGAUGUUUGCACUUCGUCGCUAAGCCUAGCAAAUUUUAUCAGCAGUAACCUUAAACCCACAGCCAGUAACGGCCCUUAGCUUUAAAAUGCAAUUGUGUGAUCUGAAAGAUGCUGAGUUCUUGACUGCAGCACUCAGGCCUAGAGUCACUGCAUGCUUGAAAACAUGUAGCGGUUCCUUUUCUGGACCAACAUAAAAGUAGUCACAGCAUGCUGUGUUGUACACAAAAAAUAGCUUCCAUCCUUGAAUUGCUGACAUGGGCAUUAUCACUUUGGAACUAAUUAAAUGUUGGUUCUCCAGAUCACACCAUUUCUUUACAAAGCCCUUGAUUUUAAUCUAUAUCCCAGGAACUGUCAGGAAAAGGAGGCUCGUAGAAAUACAACUACAGUUCAUAUUUAAAUAGAAAGAGCCCUGUACACCUCCUUCUCUUCCCCGCACCACUGGUGCAUCCUCUUUACCACAGGUUCAUUAACUGGCCUUAAUCUCUUCUUGACUUGUGCAAAUUCUUGACGAGGAAGUAGGACCUUCCACUUCCCCUCUGAGUGUGUUCUGAUCCUCUCAUUUCCAUUGCCAGUCCUUUCUCACAGUAUUCCUUGUCCCCACGUCUCCCCCUCCCACCUUUUUUACAAAGCACUUUGGAUGAUCGUCUCCCUCCUUUGAUUUUAAGCUCAGGGUUUUCGGGGUACUUUAUGUGCACAUCCGCUGUAAGAGUUAGUCACAUGUGAGCUCAUUGCAAUUGUAUAUAAUAAAAUUACACUAUACUGACAAAAAUAAAGGCAUAACAAAAUGGAGAUGCUGGAACUUCUACCAAGAGAGCACCCUCGGUUGUAAAUUUUUAAAAAUAUAUAAUUUAUAUGUAUGCAAAGAACAACACCCUCUGUAUUCAGUCAGUAGUGAGGUCGUCCUUUUUUAAUGUUUAAUCCUCUUUUUGCAUUUGACAUUUGCCAAACCUUUCUUGUCAGUAGUUGAGAGUUCCAAGUAGUGGUAGAAUUUUUUAGAUUGGUGGCUUACUCAGCUGUCUUGUUCCUCUUACUCACUGCUCUCUUCUGCUCACUUUUCUCUUUUACAGACUUCUUGAAAUGUUUACAGGCUUGCACCUAUCUACUUUAAUUUUUUUUUAAAGCUGUACUUGGACUUUUAUUUUUACAUAUUUCUGAAUGAUGAACAUAGAGUGGUAUCAUUAGUUGGAGACAUGAAUUUUUUUCCGCCAAAGGCAUUUUUUUUGCAAUUCUUGUGUUUUAUUUUUCUGUUUUUACAAGAUGUUUUGUGUUAAUAAUUUGGUUGUCAUUCAGACUGAGACAUAUUUAAUUUCCCUUUCCUCCCUCAACUCCAUUGUAUGAUUUUAACAGUUACAGAUAUUAGCUGUAGGAAUCUAGCCUAAAUGAUGUAUCUUGGUUAUUUUUUCCUCCCUUCUUCAGUCCUGUACAAAUGAAUAAGAGAAACGUACAAUCCCACUGUACUUAAUGCACGGAACGCUUGGCAAAUAAUUAUGUCAGUGAAUUUGAAACUUGUAUUAAACACUUUAGACAUUUGUAGAAGGGAAUUCAUAGAGUUUUCACUUAUAUACUAAAGGUUUUUGUGCAGUUCUCAUUGCAAAAAUAAACAUUUGUACUGAAUA